CCCCCUCCUUCCGAUCGAUUCCUUCUCUUUCCCUUCCAUUCAAUCUAACCAAUCCUUUCCAGUGACAACCCGAAGAAUAUCCCUGAACAUUUCACCUUGUUUUCUUGAUUUGCUUUGGUAUUAGUACGCUCACCCUCUCUUGCCCCAUCUACUGGUCAUUCGUGCUACGACGACUGCUACUACCGUACCUUGCCUUGCCUUGUUACUUCACUCACUCACUCACUCACACACACGCACACACACACACACACACAUUCCCACGCACGCCUCAUAUUCACCACCACCUUUUUUACCCUGCCCCACCAGAGAACUAAUUCAACCAAUUAGGGAGCUCCUAACAACUUCGCUAAAAAUGCUAUUCGUGCCCCGCACUGCUUCUGUGUUGAAAAGCACUUCGCUGCCCCUCCUUCGCAACACCUUCAUCAACAACUCUUUCAACUCCAUCUCUUCAAGACAAUUUCACGCAACUAAAUCAAAUAUGGCCAUUUCAACUUUCUUCGAUGUUACCUGGGAGGGUCCAGUCCUUGACGCUUCCGGAAAGGCUACCUCUACUAUCCAAGAGCAAGCUGGAAGAAUUAAGUUCACCCUUUACGAUGAUGUAGUCCCAAAGACCGCUGAGAACUUCCGUGCUCUCUGCACUGGUGAGAAGGGUUUCGGAUACGAGGGUUCUUCCUUCCACAGAAUCAUUCCUCAAUUCAUGCUUCAAGGAGGUGACUUCACCCGUGGCAACGGUACCGGUGGAAAGUCAAUCUACGGUGAGAAGUUCGCCGAUGAGAACUUCGAGCGAAAGCACACCCGUCCAGGUCUUCUCUCCAUGGCCAACGCUGGACCAAACACCAACGGCUCCCAAUUCUUCGUUACCACCGUUGUUACCAGCUGGUUGGAUGGCAAGCACGUCGUCUUCGGUGAGGUUGCCGAUGAUGAGUCCUUGAAGAUUGUCAAGGCUCUCGAGGCCACCGGAUCCGGCAGUGGAAAGGUUCAAUACAACAAGAAGCCAACCAUUGUCAAGUCUGGCCAACUAUAAAUGCAUUUACUAGCGAGUGUACCGGUGGCAGGUGGUUUUUGAGCCCGACAUCGUUCGGUAAUCUUCAUUAUGAUUAGCUAUCUGGCGGAAUGAAUGACGAAAAGUAAUGCAACGGAUUUUACUAAAUUAUUCUGUUUUUUGUAUGUGACAUCUACCUAUGUGAUUAGAGGCCUGAAUUUUUGAUGCUUCCCAUUUG